AUGCAUCGCGUGUUAUUGUCCCGUAAAUUUUUACCUAUUGAAAUAUUUACCGCGCGGAGAAUAUUAACGACGCGUGAUUUAUUAAAUUCAAAACGAAUCGCUUUGUAUAAUGUAAAGUACGUUUAACAAACGUACCGUAAAAAGUCUCGUUUCACGCGUGCAUGUACAAUAUUACAUUAAUAUAAUUUUUAUUUUUUUCCUCCACUUUCAAAAAAGCAUAUUGUGUGUUCCGUCGGAUUUGUCGGUUUUUAAGACGAAACGUGAAGCGAUAAAAAAAAAAAACGAUUGACGUUUAAAGAGAACACGAGAUAAAAACAAAACAAAAGUUCCCGAAGGGACGAUGUGCGCGACGCGAAACCUCGCCCGCAAAUAUACGCCACUGACGGCGCCCGCGAAACACCGAGAACGGAUUUUUCGAUUUACCGGCUCCCGAACCCGUCGGGCGGCCGAUAUAGUUUUGGUUUUUUGUUUUGUUUUUUUUUUUUUACAGGUACCUAUCGAAUGCCGCCACUGCCGCGAUUUCGGCGGCCGCUGAAUCGGCUCCGGCGACGUUCGUUUUCCGCAAACACGUUACACGCGGAUAUUAUCAUCGUCAAAACGUUUCGGAAAUCGAAAUAUCGGAUUUCACGUGCAACAGCCGCUUCCUCGUCAUAUCGAUAACAGAAAAAAAAAAACAAACAAAUCCGAAUCCCGUCUCAUAA